GUUUGCUGACUAUUUCAUGUUCUUUCAUUCUGGUGUUGGUCGAUCGCGAUUACUUGCGACAUCAGCACCAGUUUAUUCAAUUGAUCGCAAAUUGCUCACAUCCGUACGUAACCCACAGAUAGUUGGACCUACUGCUGCAAAAAUGGGGCCCCACUCAUAUUUUCAAUGACGGCUCUUUGUUGCCAAGAGGUUACCAUCUUCAUUACAGUCCCAGGUUUUCGAAGGACGACGACUUCUCUUGACCUUCCGAGGUUGCGAAAACACGUUGCAUUUGACAAAUCGUGUCUUUGUUGCCAUAUCCAACCUAUCGAAAGGAGUAGCCCUGCAAGAUGAAGGACACUUACACCCUACCCGCAGCAGCGGAUUUCCAUGUCCACCUUCGUGAUGGAGACGUCAGCAAGGUCGUCACGCCGACAAUUCGAUUUGGCGGCGUGGAUACGGUAUAUGUGAUGCCCAAUUUAGUGCCACCAGUUACGACGGUGAGCAUGGCUCUCGAGUACAAAAAGAGACUGCAAAACAUAGAUCCCAGCAUCAACUACCUGAUGGUAUUAUACCUUCAUGAAAGCAUCGAUGCGAAUGUCGUUCGCCAGGCCAAAAAAGCUGGAAUUGUGGGCAUCAAGUCGUACCCAGCUGGUGUCACGACCAACAGCUCCUCGGGAGUGAUCAGUUAUGAGCCAUUCUAUCCCGUGUUUGAGGCCAUGCAGGAAGAAGGUCUCGUUCUCAAUCUUCAUGGAGAGGUUCCGAGUGACGGAAAGGAUAUUACCGUCAUGAAUGCCGAACCCAAAUUCCUUCCUACACUCCAAGAUUUGCAUCGCAGAUUCCCACGCCUACGAAUUGUGCUGGAACACACAACCACCGCCGAUGCUGUCGAAGCUGUCAGGUCCUGUGGAGAUACUGUGGUAGGAACCAUUACGGCCCACCACUUGUCUAUACUGGUAGAUGACUGGGCUGGCAAUGUUUUUUGCUACUGCAAACCUGUUGCCAAGUUGCCGGCAGAUCGACGUGCUCUGCUGGAUGCUUUGGUCAACAGCGAUGGCAGGUUCUUCCUUGGAACAGAUUCUGCACCUCACGACAUCAGCGCGAAGAAAGGCAAAGGCAAUGCAGCAGCUGGUGUCUUCACCCAGCCAUACGCGUGUCAGUAUGUCCUUUCGGCCCUAGAAGACGCCAUCGAGAGAGGAGAUAUCAAGGAUGAAGCUGUCACCGAAGAGGUUCUCGGGGGCUUCUUGGGUGAAUGGGGACGAAAGUUCUAUGGGAUUGCACAAAGCACCCAGAAGAUCGUGCUCAAGAAAGGCAGCGAGGUCAUUGCAGAGUCGAUCAAGGGGCAUGGCGUCGAGAUCGUUCCAUUCCAGCAAGGAAAGCCAACGUGGACUGUCGAGUGGCAGUAAUGCGAUAGAGCCAGCUAGGAACUAACGCAACCUCCAUCACAACGUUUGACGGGCUGACUGGGAAUCUUGCGAGGUCUCUGAACC